AUGCCUGUCUUCAGCAAAAAGUUCAGCCUUCCGAGGAUGCCACCACGCAAGGCCUCCAGCAUGACCAAUUUGAGUCAAUUGGACGCUAGUACGCGUAGCAACGAGUUUGGCCUCGACUGCGGUGUUGUUAGAGCUCGGCUGAGUGGUCGAAAUUUGGUUUUUAAGAACGGACGUUGGCGAGUAGAGGACGGUCGCGGUGACGGCGGAGACGAGUCUGCUGGGAAGGAGACGGGUCUGUUGAAAAACGAGAAUCGUAAACUCUACGAAGAGAACAACCUCCUUAAAAUCAAGGUGGAAAUUCUUCUCGACAUGGUAAGUCAAAUUCAUUAA